CUUAAUUCCAAAGCGUCAAACCAUAACCAUAGUUUGGUUGGAGAGACUAAGUGUUCGAUAUUGUGAGAUUCUUGUUUUGGGUUCCUUUUCAUCCCUUAAAAAUUAAUUAAACCUGAAUUAAGUUGAUAAAACAAUUGAAUAAAUCUUUAGUUUUGUCCAAAUUAAAGUGAUCAAUUUAUGUUGGAGCAAAAGAUAAGGAAAUGGAUAAGGAUAAGGUGCAGAGCAGAAGAGGCAGCCGAUCAGAGCCACAGACCAUUCCACCUCAUCCCAAACUAGAUUCUCCUUCUUCAGAUACACCAGCCAGCUCUCUCACCACCAUUUGUUUCUGCUCCUGUUCUUGGGGAGGUGACCAGGACAAUGGCAGUUGCUUCAGCACCUUCCAUGGCCUGCCAGCUCAAGACCAGCUUGCUCUGCUCCAGCAGCAGCAGAAUCAGGGGCCUCUCAGCUCCAUCACUAACCAGGAAGAGGCUUUGCCUCACUGUUAGAGCUAUUCAAGCAGAGAAGCCGACGACGUACCAAGUGAUCCAGCCGAUCAACGGAGACCCGUUCAUCGGCAGCCUGGAGACGCCGAUCACCUCCAGCCCGCUCGUCGCCUGGUACCUCUCCAACCUCCCGGCCUACCGCACCGCCGUCAGCCCUCUCCUCCGCGGCAUCGAGGUCGGCCUCGCCCACGGCUACCUCCUCGUCGGGCCCUUCGUCAAGACCGGCCCGCUGCGCAACACCGAGGUCGCCGGCGCCGCCGGGUCGCUCGCCGCCGCCGGCCUCGUCGUCAUCCUCACCGUCUGCCUCAGCAUGUACGGCGUCGCGUCCUUCAAUGAGGGCGAACCGUCGACGGCGCCGACGCUGACGCUGACCGGGCGGAAGAAGGAGGCGGACAAGCUGCAGACGGCGGAGGGCUGGGCGCAGUUCAGCGGGGGCUUCUUCUUCGGCGGAAUCUCCGGCGUCAUCUGGGCCUACUUCCUCCUCUACGUCCUUGACCUCCCUUACUACAUCAAGUAGAGUGGAUCAAAAACUUGUGUUUGUGACGUCGAUCAAGAACAACAACAAACAAAAAAAGAAAAAAAUCCCCAAAGAUUUGUAUAUUCAAGAAGAACUUCUUAUUUAGAAGGUAAUUAUAACGGCGAGUUUAUCCAAA